AUGGAGUUCUGGUUGAUUUCGGUUCCUCUGGAUAAAGUCAGCUGUCAGUCUUUAGAGAAACUCAAACGGGUCUCAGCCAAAACCGAUCAGACCACAAGCUCCAGAUUCCACAUCCCAGAGCUGAAGGUAGGAACGCUGGAUGUGCUGCUGGAGGUCUCUGAUGACCUGUCCCGACUGGACUCCUAUACAGAGGGGGUGAUGCGUCAGACCUCUCAGUGUUUGGCUGAGGUGAUGGAAGACAGCAUGCUGGUGAACGGAGAGCACAGGACUCAUCAGAAAGAUCGACAGGCAACACAGAAAUCGUACUUCCAGACUAUACAAGUGGAUUUGGCAACAUAUGUGACCAGGUUUCAAUGGGACAGAGCGAAAUACCCCACUGCACAGCCUCUGAAGACCCUCACUGACAUCAUCUCCAAACAAGUUUCUCAGGUGGACAUCGAGUUGAAAUCACGCAGGGCUGCUUACAGUCAAGUGAACGCCAGUAUUCAAAGCUUUGAGAGAAAAACUGAGGGAAGCUUGCAGACCCGUGCAUUGACCAAUAUUGUGAAAAGGGAGGACUUGGUUUUGAAUUCAGAGUACCUCACAACCCUGCUAGUUGUGGUGCCCAGAACGGCAUAUGCUUUAUGGGAGAAGACAUAUGAGUCGAUGUCAAAGUUUGUGGUUCCUCGUUCCAGCCGGAAGUUGAUUGAGGAUGUAAAUGCAGGAAUUUUCACAGUAACGCUGUUUAAGAAUGUCACUGCCGAAUUCAAAACCAAUGCCAAAAAGCACAAGUUUACAGUGCGGGAAUACAACCUGGAUGAAGGCGAGAAACAAAUGCAGGAGAUGAACCGUCUCACUUUGAAUAAGAAGGAGCUGUGUAGAACAUUUGUGUGUUGGCUAAAGGUGAACUUCAGUGAGAUCUUUGUGGCCUGGAUUCACAUCAAGGUCCUCCGUACCUUUGUUGAGUCAGUUCUAAGGUAUGGUCUGCCGGUCAGUUUCCAAGCUAUUUUGCUACAGCCCGGUAAGAAGAAUAGAAAGCAGCUGAGGCAGCAACUCGGCUCUUUAUUCAAACACCUCGACCCAGCAGCGGUGACCGGUAAACCAGAUGUGGGGCUUGAUAUUCCAGAUGGAAGCAGUGGCCAGCAGGAAUAUUUCUCCUACAUCUUUUAUCCAAUCAAAAUUCAUUUGGUGGAUCCAAGUUAAUGCUAAAUCACAGAAUAAAGAUAUUUGGCACCCUGACAGACAGAUGGAAUACAUUGGUUACUGAGUGUGAACUUUUUUAUGGCCUAAACUAUUUGAAGACAGAUACAUUUAUUUGACAACGGCUGGUUACUAUGCAAAUGACUAUUUUUGUUGUUAUAUGUUCAUGUAUUUUCACUUCUAAUGCCCGAUCAAUUUAAAUAAGGCUUUCCGUGUCUAAUUACAAGACUCCGAUGAAUAACCCAGAGUACAGAAUGUAAAUAGACAGGGUAGGUAAACUUUAAUUUUGUAAUUAAACUGUAAUCAUUUCAAAACA